GCACUUUUCAGCUCAUUUUCUUCCUGUCACUCUGUCUCUGGCUCUCUCUCUCUGUCUCUCUCUCUCUCUCAGGCUCUUUCUUCCAAUCUCCAAAUGGUCCUCCCGCCGUGCACAGCCUAAUUCAUUACCACUGACGAUUUUUCUCGUCACCCCCCCUCUUUUUUUUUUUUUUUUUUUUUUUUUUAAUACUUUUCUCGGCGGAGCGCGCUGCUGUGGAUUUCUCCUAACGAACUCGCGCGUUACUUUUUUCUCUUCUUUGGGGGUUUUUGCCCACUUUUUGAACUUUACCGCGUGCUCGAGCUGACCAUGGCCGUGCCGGCUGCUUUGAUCCCCCCUUCCUCUCUGGUCCAGCCGUCUCCCAUCUCAUCCUCCUCUUCCUCCUCGGUGAACACUUCAUCACCGUCGGCCACCUCGUCUCCGUGUCCGUCGGUGGCUCCGGCCGCUGCGAACCCGUUCCGCUCGGAGCUGAGAGCGGCGGCAGGAAGCCCGGCCAUACCGAUCGCCGUCACUCCGUCUCCGCUCGCCUCCAAGCCCGUGUACUCGACCCCGUCGCCCGUGGAGAACACCCCGCAGAAUAACGAGUGCAAGAUGGUGGAGCUGAGGGGCGCGCAGGUGGCCUCGUUCACCGUGGACGGACGGGAGCUCAUCUGCCUGCCGCAGGCCUUCGAUCUGUUCCUGAAGCACCUGGUCGGCGGGCUGCACACCGUCUACACCAAGCUGAAGCGGCUCGAGAUCACGCCCGUGGUGUGCAACGUGGAGCAGGUGCGCGUGCUGCGCGGCCUCGGCGCCAUCCAGCCCGGCGUCAACCGCUGCAAGCUCAUCUCCCGCAAAGACUUCGAGACGCUCUACAACGACUGCACCAAUGCCAGCUCAAGACCCGGGAGGCCUCCGAAGAGGACCCAGAGUGUUACAUCGCCAGAGAAUCCUCACAUAAUGCCUCACACAGUGCCGGGCCUCAUGUCUCCGGGAAUCAUUCCCCCUACAGGUCUUACAGCCGCAGCUGCUGCUGCAGCCGCCGCAACCAAUGCUGCCAUCGCCGAGGCCAUGAAAGUGAAGAAGAUCAAGCUGGAGGUGAUGAGCAGUUACCACGCCAAUAGCACACAGCAUGGCGCCGACUCUGAGAACGGAGACCUCAGCUCCAGCGUGGGUUUGGAACUGCCAUUCAUGAUGAUGCCCCACCCCCUGAUCCCUGUCAGCCUGCCUCCUGCGUCAGUCACCAUGGCAAUGAGUCAGAUGAACCACCUCAGCACCAUCGCCAAUAUGGCCGCCGCAGCACAGGGACAGAGUGCCCCUUCCAGAAUGGUGACAUCAGUGAUUAAGGAGCGGGUGCCUGACAGUCCCUCCCCUGCUCCCUCUCUGGAAGAUGGCAGGAGGCCGGGAAGCCGGCCCUCGUCCCAGCGCAGCAGCAGCGUCUCCAGCUCACCCGCACACACCGAGAGCUCCUCCGACAGAAUGCCUAUUCAUCAGAAUGGGCUUGCCAUGAACCAGGCUCUGUUGGGCCUUUCUCCCAGCAUCCUGCCCGGCCCCAAGGAGGGUGACCUGGCCACUCACGACAUUGGGCACGAGGCCAAGAGAAUGCACUCUGAGAAAGAAGAAGCCCCUAUGUGUACUCCAACAGCGAGGGACAGCUAUGAGAGGUUGUCGUUGGCAGGUCAGGCUUUACCACCAGGGUUCCCGUCUCCUUUCCUGUUUCCUGACGGGCUAUCAUCAAUAGAGACCCUACUGACCAACAUUCAGGGUCUGCUGAAGGUGGCAAUCGACAACGCUCGUGCUCAAGAGAAGCAAGUGCAACUGGAGAAAACUGAGCUGAAGAUGGAGUUGUUUAGGGAGAGGGAACUUCGAGAGACUUUGGAGAAGCAGCUGGCCAUGGAACAGAAGAACAGAGCAAUCAUUCAGAAGCGCUUGAAGAAGGAGAAGAAGGCUAAGAGGAAACUGCAGGAGGCGCUGGAGUACGAGUGUAAACGGCGGGAACAGGCAGAGCAGUCUCUCAAACAGAGCUCACCUACAGAGAGUCUCCGAUCCCUGAAUGACUCGUUGACCCAGGAGAUAGAGACUGACCGCAGCAGUGGCAGAACAGAUGCUGAAAGGACAAUACAAGAUGGAAGACUAUUUUUGAAAACCACCGUGAUGUACUGAUGGGAUGAAGUGGCGGACUAAGGAAAUCUUUCAUAUGAAGAUUAGAGAGACGUCAUAUGAAGUGUGCCCUCUCCAAGGGGCUUUUUAGUUACAAAAACAGGUCAAGCUGAUGACAGAGGCUUCAUGGAAGUGACUGAGUUUGUCCCACAGCCUAAAGGAAGGCCGUGGCAGAACGUAGAAUUAGGAUUCUUCUUCUCCAGUAUCAACAAUAUAUCAUGACUGAUUAACAAUGGGGUUAAACAUGUCAGCUGUUCUGAAGGCGACAAUUUGAGCACAGUAAAAUGUACCGUGAGGUACACAUGGUGAUUAUUUACAAAAAAAAAUCCACAGCACUGAAGAUUUUUAUACUGUAUUUAAAACCAGCGAGAAAGCUUUGAAAAGAAAUUCAGAUCCAGGGGUUUUUGUUUUGUAUUGAAAAAUGUUAAAACCUUAAUGUCAUAUGUUAAAAUUCCUAGCUUGGAGAAAAAAAAAGCCUCUGAAAAUGUGAAUUUGAAUAUAUGUUGAUCGGUAGUAAUGACUAAUCUUUGCUUUAAAUGUUUUCUAAAUUAGAAAAAAGAAAAAUACAAUCAAGUUUCAUUUUUAUCAUUGUUGUACAUACAAGAACAAGAACUAGGUUAACCUGCUCACUUUGUUAUGUGUAUAUAAAGUAAAAAAAAAAAAGAAGGUAUUGUGUAUGCAGUAGAUCUAUUAGGAAAAACAAUACCAACAUUUAUAUUGAAUUUAUAGAUUUGUUUCUGAGCCAUUGUUCUUUCUGAUAGCUGCCAUUACGCUGAGGAAGCAUGCAGGCAUGUAAAUGUUUGUCCUGAAUUCCUGUUACUCAAUAAAUACUUAACUGUGCUGAAAAACUA